UUUCGCAUGUGCCAACUUCCCGGAGCCGCGCCGGGCCCCCACCUGCAGCCUGGACGGGGCGCUGCCCCUGGGCGCGCAGAUACCCGCCCUGCACCGCCUGCUGGGGGCGCCGCUCAAGGGGAUCUUCCUGACCCAGGGAUCCAACCCUCAUCUCUUGUGUAUCCUGCAUUGGCAGGUGGAUUCUUUUACCACUGCUCCACCCGGGAAGGAAGCACCAGGAUAAUGUGUUAAGUAACCCCCACCUCAGUCCUUUCUGAUCUCCCCACUUUCAUGAUUUCCCACCUGAUCUACCUGAGGACUGCCAUAUCCCCUACAGGCAGGAUAGGGGGGCCCGGACACUGGGUUACCACUGUGCCUGGAGCCAGGACUCCCUGGGGCUGGCAUCUCUGCCAGGAAUGGUCAGAUGCACUGUGAUGUGCAUAUCCCAAAUAUAAACUGUGACCACAGCCCCAGAAUAGAAGGCCAGAGGAAGAAGGGCUGAGAAUACGGUAGGGGCAGGGACAUCAGAGAGCAGGGCUCCUCCUUGUAGGAACUGUCAACAACUGGUCCCUCCCCUAGUCCUGGAAGUGGUGCCCCAGGGGCACAGACAUGACUCAGGCCUGCUUCCACAGCUCACUAGAGGGGAGAGGUGGCCCCAAAACCCAGGCCUCCCCAUCCCAGGCUGUAGAGUAAAAAUAGGCUCACUGCUUCAUCCUCUGCACAGUUGUCCAGCAGGAGAACAGUUCACAGCCGAGUGACCUCUGCUCCCAUCCCCCCAACUCAGGGUACUGACCCCCUUCAACCCUGCAGACCCUGCCGGAUCCCUGGGAAAGGACAGAGGCCCAACCCGCUUUCUCUCUGGGGCUCCACCCCCCACACCCCAUUGGGCUGUGGCUAGCCUAUAGAGUUCCCCGCUGAGGGCUUCCUUUUUAAAUGUUCAGAGUUUUCAGGUCUGAGAAGGCCUUGCUCAUUUCCUCCCAGUCUAGGAGGAAGCUCCUGGCCACAGCCUCUGACUCAUCUCCUGGCCCUGGGGAGGUGGAGGGUGGGGGUGUGUCCGGGCAGUGCCUUGGGUCAUGUGUAGUGUCCCCAGGGGAUCUGUCUGGAGACAGGGGCCCCUGCCCCAAGGGAGAACCUAGCCCUCUGGCCCUGACCCAAAGCUGCCCAGUCCCACCCUCUUUGCUACCUUUUGCCCUUCUGGGCCUGCCUCUGGAGCCCCUCCCUGAUAUCCCAAGGCCCUGCCACAUCUGGGAUGGCACAGACUUCCUUCUCCCUGGGCUCCAGGCAGAGGGACCUGGGUUGUGCUCUGACCCUGAUGCGAAGGCCAAAGGGGCCCCCAUUCCAAGCAGCAGAGAUGGCCCUAGAAAUCUGUUCAUUCCCAGCAACUUUGUUUCCCCAGCUGUGGCUAAACAUUGCAGGGGAACAGGUGUGGUACUUGUUUCCUGUCCUUGCCCCUCCCUACUCCAGCCUCAGUUUACCCCUUAGGAGCAGCUGUGGCAAAGGGGCUAAAGUGUGAACCUGACCUUCUGGGACAGGGACCAUGUGGCAGUGUCCCAGAGGAUUCUUAAUAAGAUGGGGUGCUCUGGUGAUCAACUGAGCCCUUUGGAGAUCUCUUUGGGAGACUGUAGAAGAUUGUGAUGUGAGCAUGAGUCAUGGUCUCCCCCCAGCUUUCCCUGGGGCCAGCAUGUCCAAUUUGCUGUUCAUUCUGGGCUGCAGCCUGGUAAGGGACCCCAUGAUCUUGGUCCUGGCAGAAGUUGGCCCUGUUACCCCAGCAGGUACGAUGUGCGAGUGUUCAUUCGUGUUCCCUUGCCGGAACUGGGAGGACCAGUUUGGGGUAUUUGCACAGUUCAGAAAGCUGAGGGGCAUUCUCUAGCCCUUGGCAACCCCGCAGGCCCCAGCCCUCACUCCACCUCCUGCCCAGGAUUCCCUGGAGCAUUUCCAAAGUCCAUGAACCCAAGAUCAGUUCAGGGAGCCCUGGUCCCAUUCCUGAUUGUGCAACCUGGGGCAAAUUCACAGAAUUUCUGAGCCUUGGUUUCCUCACCUAUAGAAGGAUUAUCAGGAGAAUCAAGGCACCAGGCAGCCCAGUAUGUGGCACAGAGAAGGCAUAACAAAUGCGGGCUCCCACCCUCAAGGCCCAUUCAUGUCAUCUCAUUCAGGAAGCCAAAGUCCAAUUGGAGACCCAAGAUAAAAGGGAGGAAAGAAAAUUACAGCUCGAGGACUGUGCCCUGCAAGUGUCUCCAUCUGGAUAUUACCUGGACCCUGAGCUGUCCCUGGAAGAGCAGCGGGAGAUGUUGGAGGGCUUCUUUGAAGAGAUCAGCAAAGGGCGGAAGCCUACUCUGAUCCUGCGAACCCAGCUCUCCGUGAGGGUCAAUGCCAUCUUAGAAAAGUUGUAUGGCUCCAGUGGCCCUGAGCUCCGCCGCUCCCUCUUCUCACUAAAGCAGAUCUUCCAGGAGGACAAGGACCUGGUGCCUGAAUUCGUGCACUCUGAGGGGCUGAGUUGCCUGACCCGCGUGGGCGCCGCUGCUGACCACAACUACCAGACCUACAUCCUCCGAGCCCUAGGCCAGCUGAUGCUGUUUGUGGAUGGGAUGCUGGGGGUGGUGGCCCACACUGAGACCGUGCAGUGGCUGUACACGCUGUGUGCCAGCCUGUCCCGCUUGGUGGUGAAGACAGCCCUGAAACUGCUACUGGUGUUCGUGGAAUACUCUGAGAGCAACGCACCGCUGUUCAUCCGUGCAGUCAACUCUGUGGCCAGCACCACGGGUGCUCCUCCGUGGGCCAAUUUGGUGUCCAUCCUGGAGGAGAAGAACGGCACUGACCCCGAGCUGCUGGUGUACACUGUCACCCUCAUCAACAAGACUCUGGCAGCCCUCCCGGACCAGGACUCCUUCUACGACGUGACAGAUGCACUGGAGCAGCAGGGCAUGGAAGCACUGAUCCAGCACCACUUGGGCAAGGCGGGCACUGACGUCGACCUGCGAGCCCAACUUGUACUCUAUGAGAACGCCCUGCGGUUGGAGGAUGGAGACCUCGAAGAAGUCGUCACAGGUGGGCGGCGCACCACCCGCCGAAAACCUUCCUCAGAGGAGGGCAAGAGGAGCCGCCGAUCUCUGGAAGUGCGCUCCCCAGAGCCUGGCUCCACAGGCCCCGCCUCUCCGGUCGUCUCCACCUCCGCUGCCAGCCUGGUCCUGCCGACCAGCUCCACCUCCCGCCCCGUAGGCCCCGCCUCACCUCCAAGCCCCGCCUCCAGCCCCGUGGGCCCUGCCUCUGGCCUCCAUAGCACCUUGAGACUCUUUCCUAGCGUCUCCGUGGCGCCCUCAUCCGACAGCUCCUGUGAGAGGAGCGUCUACAAACUUCACCAAACUGCUCCUGUUUGGGCCCCUGAGAGCCCACCUGUCCCCCAGGUCCCUACUGGGGAGGCCAGGCUGGAAGCCCGGUUCCUGGAGAAUGUAGCAGCAGCAGAAACAGAAAAGCAGGCUGCGCUGGCCCAGGGCCGGGCAGAAACAUUGGCCGGUGCCAUGCCGGAUGAUAUGGACGGGUGUCCAGACACCCGAGAAUCAAGGUACUCUCAGGAACCCACCCCUGCACCCAGGACACCCCAGAGUGCUGCCCCCCGAAUCCUGCUGUGUGCCCAGCAGAGCCUUGAGCCAGAGCCCAGGGAGCCAUUGGCCCCACCAAGCCCCAAGGCUGAGCCUGUGUGGGAGCUCCCUGCCCGUGUACCCAGGCUCUGCAUUGGGGACCUGGACUUCUCAGAUCUGGGGGAGGAUGAAGACCAGGACAUGCUGAACAUGGAGUCUGUGGAGGCGGAGAAAGGGAUCCCACCCCCACCACCCCCACCACCCCUGCUCUCUGGAAGCCUCCCACCUCCUCCACCUCCACCUCCCCCACCCCUCAAAAGUCCCUUCCCACCAACCCCACCCCCACCCCCUGCUGUCCCUGUUCCCCACUCAGCACCUGAUGGCCCUGCCCUCCCCACCAAGAGGAAGACAGUAAAACUCUUCUGGCGGGAGCUAAAGUUGGCUGGAGUCCGUGGAGGCUCUGGCAGUCGCUUUGGGCCCAGCCCCACCCUGUGGGCCUCACUAGAGCCUGUCUCAGUGGAUACAGCCCGGCUAGAACACCUGUUUGAGUCCCGAGCCAAGGACGUGUUGCCUUCCAAGAAAGCUGGUGAGGGCCGCCGUACAAUGACCACAGUGCUGGACCCCAAGCGCAGCAAUGCCAUCAACAUCGGCCUAACCACACUGCCACCUGUGCACGUGAUCAAGGCUGCCCUGCUCAACUUUGAUGAGUUUGCUGUAAGCAAGGAUGGCAUCGAGAAGCUACUGACCAUGAUGCCCACGGAGGAGGAGCGGCAGAAGAUCGAGGAGGCCCAGCUGGCCAAUCCUGACGUACCCUUGGGCCCAGCUGAGAAUUUCCUGAUGACUCUCGCCUCCAUCGGGGGCCUGGCUGCCCGCCUACAACUCUGGGCCUUCAAACUGGAUUAUGACAGCAUGGAGCGGGAAAUUGCAGAGCCACUGUUCGACCUGAAAGUGGGCAUGGAACAACUGGUGCAAAAUGCCACCUUCCGCUGCAUCCUGGCCACCCUGCUGGCUGUGGGCAACUUCCUCAAUGGCUCCCAGAGCAGCGGCUUUGAGCUGAGCUACCUGGAGAAGGUGUCAGAAGUGAAGGACACGGUGCGCCGCCAGCCCCUGCUGCACCACCUGUGCGCUCUGGUGCUGCAGGCCCGGCCCGACUCCUCCGACCUGUACUCGGAGAUCCCCGCCCUGGCCCGCUGUGCCAAGGUGGACUUUGAGCAGCUGACUGAGAACCUGGGGCAGCUGGAGCGCCGGAGCCGGGCAGCUGAAGACAGCCUGCGGAGCCUGGCCAAGCACGAUCUGGCUCCAGCCUUGCGUGCCCGCCUCACCCACUUCCUGGUGCACUGUACCCGCCGUGUUGCCAUGCUGAGGGUCGUACACCGCCGUGUCUGCAACAGGUUCCAUGCCUUCCUGCUGUACCUGGGGUACACGGCAGAGGCAGCCCGCGAGGUCCGCAUCAUGCAGUUUUGCCACACGCUGCGGGAGUUCGCACUGGAGUAUCGGACCUGCCGGGACCGGGUGCUGCAGCAGCAACAGAAGCGGGCCACAUACCGUGAGCGCAACAAGACUCGGGGACGUAUGAUCACUGAGACAGAGAAGUUCUCAGGUGUGGCUGGGGAAACCCCCAGCAAGCCGUCUGUCCCUGUGGCUGUGAGCAGUGGGCCGGGAGAAGGUGAUGCUGAUAGUCAUGCCACCAUGAAGAGUCUGCUGGCCAGCAAGCCCGAGGAUGCCACACAUGGCCGUCGCAGCAGAGGCAUGGUCCAGAGCAGCUCCCCAGUCAUGCCUACAGCAGUGGGGCCCUCCACUGUACCCCCGGAAGAACCUCCAGGCUCCAGUUUACCCAGUGACACUUCAGAUGAGAUCAUGGACCUGCUGGUGCAAUCAGUGACCAAGAGCAGCCCCCGUGCCUUAGCUGCUAGGGAACGCAAGCGUUCCCGUGGCAACCGCAAGUCUUUGAGACGGACGCUGAAGAGCGGGCUGGGAGAGGAUCUGGUACAGGCACUUGGACUGAGCAAGGGUCCUGGCCUGGAAGUGUGAAGGUGCUGCCUCCGGGACCCCUAUCUGGGCCACAGCCCACAGUGCAGGAGACUACAGUGAGGAGGCACCAAAGCAGAAUUCUGGACCUCUUCUCAACUCUAGGGCCACUCUGGGCCUGUGGCCAGUGCCGUGAGCAGUAUUAGCUGUGUGUGCCUGUGUGGAUGUGCGUGUGCAUGUGUGAGCUCCCUGGAUACAUGGAGCAUAAUAAAGUUUUCCUAGCCAA